CUGACAGAGAAGGGAGGGGAGAGGUGAGGUCAGUGACUCCUGCAGCCUCUUCUUGCUGCUUCCCUUGACUCAGGCUCACCAACAGGUAAGCCCUCUGAGAUAACCACCAUGGGCAGAAACCUCUGCUUUGCAGUUCUACAGUCCAGACCCUAGUGGGGAAGAGGGCUGUCACUCACCUGCUUGACCAACAGAGCUGGGGAGGCACGGGGCAGAGGGGCUGGAACAUGACUCAGGCAGGAUGGAGAGGAAGUUCUAAAAGUCUCACUGUCCCCCUCCCCACCACAGAUGCCUGAGUUUCUAGGAAGAGCCUGGCACCCAUCACCAUGCUCCGUUGCCACGUGUAAAUGAUGAGGUCCAAAACCAAAACUGAAGGUUGCAGCGAUGUGGGCCCUGGCGACAGCCUCUGCUCUCAGGCAGUGGCGAGGGGAGAGAGCUGAGGGACCAGCUUAUCCGUCUUCCCUUGUAGAGGCAGGGUCCCCAGAGCGAGAGGUCGGAAAGUGCUCCAAAUCUCUCCACUCCCCAGAGCAGCCCCUUUCCUGGGAAGCUGGUCAGCGCUAAGCCCACCGCAGUCCAGUGGCACAGCACUGCCACAUGGUGGACACUGGCGGUACUGAGGCCCAGCCCCCAAAGUGCCAUCUCUUCCCCUGUGCCAGAUUUGACAGCCCCACUGGCUAAAUAGUGGGGAGAUUAAUAAAUUGGAGGAGAGGCACGUUUCCAAAUCACACUUACUUCCUCCCAGCUUCUUGAAGGAACUAGGGAUUAGGAGGAAGGGUGGCAUGAAGCCUACUCUCAUGAGUUCAACGUGGAGGGCCCUCUGGCCCUUUCAUUUAAAGUCAGUGAGGAGCGUGGUGAGGAGGGCUGGGACUGGGACUAAGGUUGCAGUACUCACCAUGCUUUGUUCCUAAAAGUCCUUAAACCUUCCAUUUCCCACCGCCAUUAGCAGAGGCUGGUGCCACUUGUAGGGUACCCCAAACCUAGGCAACUCUUAGAGCCCCCUGAGAGAGAACCAGCAGCUGGGUACAGGCCCUUCUGCCAUCCUUGAUGGACUCUGCCCUGCUGUAAGAUUGCAUCACUGCCACCCCCACCUCUCUGGGUUUCCCCAGACAUUACAGUGACAUGCCACCCCCCCCACAUGCUCCAGCCCUCGUCCACGUUGUGCUCCAGUCCAACUGGACUCUGGGCGGUCAGCACAGGCAAGGUCAGGGGGUGACUUCUAUGCCUCGUGGCACUGCCACCUUGGCCUGGGCAGGAGGACUCCGUUCCUCCCACUCCCCACCUCCCCCUACCAGCCUCUCACCUCUAUUCCAGCCCCAUUGCUAGAAAUAAAAAGACCAGAGUUCUCCUUCCCGCCCAGAGAAGUAACCACUGGAACUCCCAGCUGCCUCGUGGAAACUGCUGCAGCAGUGGUGGCUGGGCAAGCUAGACAGACUGGAGGUAUGGGGGGAAGCUGCCCUUCCCACCUUGCUCAUGUGGAGUUCCCUCCCCCGAGCCCCAGACCUUGGGGACGGAGCAUGUGAAAUCAUCCUCCUUCUUGCAUCAUGCAUGUCCACAUAGCCCCCCCACCCCCUACCCCUACCUCAAGCUCCGUGACCAGGGCCAGAUGGUGAAACCUGAGCUCCAGGGGGGAACCUCCACCCCCUGCAGGGACCUGAUGGGCAGCACAGCUGGCCAAUCCUGGGGCUCAGAGGGUAGGUCGGGCUGCUGACCACUAGGUGAGGGAACCUUAGGCUGCUGGCUCUAGAGAGUCCCCAGUCAGUAACCAGACGUGAGCUGUGAGGGGCAAGCUGGCAGACGGCACUAAACAGUCACCCAACGGACCAUCCGCUCUCUGCCUUCCUGAGUCCCAGACUACAGAAGACAGGUGACUGUACCCUUGGCCAGGGGUAGGUGUGGCACUGGUGUCCGCUGCUGCCGUGCCCACGUUGGCGUCCACGCAGUCAGACUCAGCAGAAGAAGCAACUGCCAUCUGACGCUGUCGGCCUGACCCAGGGCCAUUCACCAGGAGCAUGGGGCUCCCUGAUGUCCAGCUCUGGCUGGUGCUGCUGUGGGCACUGGUGUGGGCACAGGGGGCAGAAUCUGUGUGUCCCUCCUGUGGGGGUCCCACACUGGAGCCCCAAGCAGAACGAGCUCUGGUCCUCGAGCUAGCCAAGCAGCAAAUCCUCGAGGGGCUGCAGCUGACCAGUCGUCCCAGAAUAACUCAUCCUCCACCCCAGGCAGCGCUGACCAGAGCCCUCCGGAGACUGCAGCAGGGAAGCGUGGCUCCAGAGAAUGGGGAGGAGGUCAUCAGCUUUGCUACCAUCACAGACUCCUCCACCUCCACCUGCAGCUCCAUGCUCACCUUCCACCUGCCCACUCCUCGGUCCUACCACCUGUACCACGCUCGCCUCUGGCUGCACGUGCUCCCCACCCUUCCUGGCACUCUUUCCUUGAGGAUUUUCCGAUGGGGCCCUCGAAGGAAACGCCGAGGAUCCCGUGUCCUCCUGGCGGAGCACCAAAUGACAACCCCAGGCUGGCAUGCCCUGACUCUGCCCUCUAGUGGCUUGAGGGCUGAGGAGCCUGGUGUCCUGAAACUCCGGCUGGACUGCAGACCCCUAGAAGGCAACAGCACAGCUGCCCGACAACCUCGGUGGCUCCUGGACACAACGGGAGAGCAGCGGCCCUUCCUGGAGCUUAAGACCCGGCCCAAUGAGCCUGGAGCAGGCCGGGCCAGGAGGAGGACCCCCACCUGUGAGCCUGAGACCCCCUUAUGUUGCAGGCGAGACCAUUAUGUAGACUUCCAGGACCUGGGAUGGCGGGACUGGAUCCUGCAACCUGAGGGGUACCAGCUGAAUUUCUGCAGUGGGCAGUGCCCCCCCCACCUGGCUGGCAGCCCAGGCAUCGCUGCCUCCUUCCAUUCUGCCGUCUUCAGCCUCCUUAAGGCCAAUAACCCUUGGCCCUUGGGUACUUCUUGCUGUGUCCCCACUGCCCGAAGGCCUCUCUCUCUCCUCUACCUCGACCGUGAUGGCAAUGUGGUCAAGACAGAUGUGCCAGAUAUGGUGGUAGAGGCCUGUGGCUGCAGCUAGCAAGAGGACCUGGGCAUUUGGAGUGAAGAGAUCAGGCUAAGGGCUCCCAGGCAAAGGGCAUCUGUGGCUGCAGCAUCGGAUCCCUGAUCCAUACCUCCACCCAUGGGCCGCUUGGCAGUAUGACUGGGUUAGCCCCUCUGGGACCCAAAUGGGCACUUUCUUGUCCAGACUCUGGCCUAUUCCAGGCUGGCUGAUGUAGAGGGAGAUGGGGGAAGUGUGUCCUCUAAAGGAGUCUACCCAGAAAGCAUGAUUUCCUACCCUAAGCCAGCUGAGAAGAUGGCAGAGGGGAGGGAGGGAGGGUGGGAAGGAGAAGGCAGUGAAAAAUCACUGAGUCUCUCCCAAGAAGAGAAAGCCCUCAAGUGAGGGAAGGAAGAAGCCGACGAGGGCUCCGAGGGCUUGGGAUGGGAAAACCGAUGGGCCAAGGGCAGGGACUGUUCAAGGGAGGCUCCAGAGGGAGCUGGGCAAGGGCUGACCGGAGGCGUUUAGGAGAGCCCCAGAGCGGGGAGCCCUGAGAGCGGUGCUGAGCUUGUGAAGCUCUCUGGUUUUUCUCGGGGUAGGAUGGGGGAGCAAAUGUUUUUACUUUCCUAAUAAAAAUGAAGAAAAAAA